GGGAUUUGCUACACCGAAAUGGUUGGGGCAAGUUCUUCGGCCAAGGAGCCCAACCGCCCACCGGCCUGGGACCAGGCUGAGGAGCUGGUAGCUUUGGACCGUCUGCGAUUCCAGCAUUUACACCGAGUGAUUUAUGCCCACAGGCAGCGAGUGGAAAAUGCGGAGUCCUACUAUGACGUCUUGGAGACAGAGCGGCAGGCGGAAGUCAUGCACGCGCGCACCGAAGCCAUGCGCAUUUCCAGGGCCAAGCGAAAAGAGGUGGCCGUGGACACGCUGAAGCGCGACAACCAACGAAUGGUGGAGCGCCUCUGCGUGGUGAUGCGCGAGUCCGAAAGUCGGCAACAUUCCCUGGCCUCAAAGCCUUCGAAGCCGCCCGGCUCUGCGCCGGCAGGCUCGUUGAACCUGAGCUAUCGAAAGAAAGCUGCUAGACAGAUAGAUCAGGACAACAAGGUCUUGUUGGAUCGGCUGAUUCGUAUCCGACCCACAGUGAACACUCGUGAGGAGCUGGAGUCUCGCUACCAGGUCUAUUCCUCUCUCGUGCACAGGCAUUCCAGAUUGCGACGCCCCUUGCACAAGGCAGAUGUCUUCAGGAUCCCCCCACCGCCCAUACGGCCGCCACGAAACUCGAAGCGGAAAGCGUUGGAGGCGAGACCGCGAGGUGCAAAGUGCUCUGGUUCCAAAGAAAAGGAGCCUUCUGCGAAGACAGCGGAGGCUUCUGGGCGGAAAUCAAGCACGCCCGAACCACUGAAGAGCGCCAAGCAGGCAGCUCGGACAGAGCUGGAAAAGGUGAAUCAAAAUGUCUUGCAGAAGAUCAAAAGCGAAAGUGAAGGACUGCCGGAGGUGUAUUCCCAAGAAUUUGAGAAUGAGGAUGAGUCCGUGAAGCCGGACAGGACCGAGACCCCGGAGCCGGUGCGGAAUGCCAAGCAGGUGGCACAUGCAGAACUGGAGAAGCUGGAACAGCAUGUGCUCGACAAGAUCCACAGCGAAGCAAAGCCUCAACAAGGCAACGUUGAAGGUGAAGAUGGCGAGUCUGAAAACUACUCAGACUUUGAGAGCGAGGAUGAUCAGCUCCCAAAGGCAAAGAGCAAAGUUCAGCCUUCGCCUGCUCUGGAAGAAAGUGAGGAGUAUGAGGAUGACUAUGAAGCCGAUGAUUACAGCGACGCCUUUGAGGCAGACGACGAUUCCUCGCAUCUGUCGUCCCCCAGGCUCUCUCCCAAGAAGCCGGCCAUGGCAAGCACCCGAGAGGAGGCCAGUGAUGAGGAACUGGAGCCGGUGGAGCCAAUGAAACCAGAGCCGGUGGAGCCAAUCAGGGUGGAGGGAGAAGCAGCUCAGAGUGAGGACUUUGAAGAUGAAUUUGAAGCUGAGUCUGACCGACCUGGAUCUCAAGGAUCACAGGCUUCACCUGAUGAGUUUGAGCCCAUGGAUGCCAUGGAUGCCAUGGAUCGGAUCGGAUCUGAUCCAGUUGAUAAUGUGCCCUCCAUCAGAUCUGAUGGAACAGGCGGUCCAGCUCACAGUGAUGAAGUUGCGAUUCAAGCUUUGAAUGAGCAUGUUACUGCAGCUGCCAGUGAGAGGAGUACAGCUCAGAGUGAUGAAGCCGCAAUUCGACCCUUGAACGAGCAUGUGACUGCAGCUGCCAGUGAGAGGAGUAUAGCUCAGAGUGAUGAGGCUGCGGUUCGGGCUUUGAGUGAGCACGUGACUGCUGUAGCCAGCGAGAGGUCUAGGAACCAAGACUUCAAUCCACCUCCCACGAACCAGAAGACAACUGGGACAAAUGAAGCCAACGAGACAAAUGAAGCGAAUGAAGUAAAUGCGGAGGUGAACGAAGUCAAUGAGGCGAAGGAGGUGCAUCAGAUCAGCAGGGACUACUCUGACUUUGAGGCCAGUGAAUCCCAAUCUCCUGGAAAGGAUGGAGCCCGCGGCACCACUCCCACUGUCGGCACCGUCGCUAGUGCCACAGGUGCCACAGGUGCCACGAGUGCCACGGCAGCCACUGGGGCCACAGGUGCCACAGGUGCCACAGCUGUAGGAAUCACUGGUACCACCUCCAGCUCCAUCGGUAUCGGCGGUGCCGGUGGUGCGAGUGCUCCUAGUGCUGCUAGUGCUGCUAGUGCUGAGGUGGCACCACCCAAGGCAAUGCCUGGCAGGGGAUGGUCGGAGAAUUUCGAUGAUUUUGAGGAGGAUGGCAAUGAUGGCAAUGACAACCUGGGUAAUGAACCUGAAGAUAGUGGCUGGGAUCGCGAGCCACGUGGAGGCUCCCAUUUGCUUGAUGAUGGAAGUCCCAGUCGCAUGUUCGGCAGCAACGAUGAUGACAGCAUAAGGGAAGAUUCGGGAGAGUCCUUGAACUUCAAUGGAUGAUUCCUGAGGCGAGUAGGAUCGUUCUGGUCCUGGCCAUGCUGAGACACUUCAAAAGGUGUGCCCGCAGGGGCGAUUGCAACCCCUGGGAAGCUCGGCUUUCCUUCG